CCGAGGUGAAUUGCUCCGCGGAUUUCCGCCCGAAGUGAGGUUCGAAUCCGUGGUCUAUACCUCCAAGCAUUCGCGGCUGCAAGUUCCUCGGCACUUACUUAGGAGUAAGCCCCAUUGAGUAGUAUAUAUCCCCGCAAACGCGCACAGGAUGGGGCUGCGGCGAGGCUCGCUGAUAUCCGUGCAUCGGACUACUUCAGAGUAAACAUGCGCAGCCUAGGGCGCUGGCUGGUCGGCCGGUCCUGGAAAGCAACGGCAGCAUAAUAAAGCCUACCAGGAGGGCCGCCGCUUCUAAUCCUGGCUCUACAAGGCGAGGCAGCGGCAAGCGAAGGGCUGUCCCUUUAAGAGGCCGGGUUCCCUUGAUUUGACGUCAGGGUGCUUCUGCACCAGAGCCCGGCAUCUGCUCAGCCCCGUUCAGGCAGGAGGCGAGAGCGGCUGGAAACGGAGGGAGAAGCAAGCCGAGCCCCGUCCUUUGGCAGACCGCCGACUCUUCAGCAUCUCCCCCUUCAGAGCUCUCGGCAGUAUCCAGCGGCGAUGUCUGUGGCGGGCUUGAAGAAACAGUUCCACAAAGCCACCCAGAAAGUGAGUGAGAAGGUUGGCGGAGCAGAAGGAACCAAGCUAGAUGAAGAUUUCAAGGAAAUGGAAAGGGCAGGAGAUGUCAACAAAAGAGAGAACAAGGAAGGAAAACAGUCAGGGAGUGACUUCCUUGAUCUUCUCGGCAAGAAAAAGCAAGAAAGUGGAUGUCACCAGCAGGGCUGUGGUGGAAAUAAUGACCAAGACAAUUGAAUACCUUCAACCUAACCCAGCUUCCAGAGCUAGACUUAGCAUGCUCAACACCAUGUCCAAAAUUAGAGGCCAGGAAAAAGGACCAGGUUACCCUCAAGCCGAGGCCCUGUUAGCAGAUGCAAUGCAGAAGUUUGGAAGAGAACUUGGAGAAGACUGCAACUUUGGCCCGGCUCUAGGUGAUGUUGGGGAAGCAAUGAGAGACCUUUCUGAGGUGAAAGAUUCUUUGGACAUAGAUGUGAAACAGAAUUUUAUUGAUCCCCUUCAAAAUCUCCAUGACAAAGAUCUGAGGGAAAUACAGCAUCACCUUAAAAAAAUGGAGGGCAGACGCCUGGACUUUGAUUACAAGAAGAAAAGGCAAGGCAAGAUCCCAGAUGAGGAACUUCGUCAAGCUCUGGAGAAAUUUGAUGAGUCAAAGGAAAUUGCUGAGUCAAGCAUGUUUAAUCUGCUAGAGAUGGAUAUUGAACAAGUGAGCCAGCUUUCUGCACUUGUACAAGCCCAGCUGGAGUAUCACAAGCAAGCCACAGAGAUCCUCCAGCAAGUUAGCUCCAAGUUGGAAGAAAGGAUACAAGAGGCCUCAAAUCAGCCCAGAAGAGAAUAUCAGCCAAAGCCCCGCAUGAGCUUGGAGUUAUGCGACAAUACUCAGCAUAAUGGAGGGAUAUCUAAUGCCACCACCCCUAAGCCCUCAGGUGCUGCUAUGGACCAGCCAUGCUGUCGAGCUCUCUAUGACUUUGACCCAGAAAACGAAGGAGAGCUGGGCUUUAAAGAGGGUGAUGUCAUUACCCUCACUAACCAAAUUGAUGAAAACUGGUAUGAAGGCAUGCUUUAUGGCCAGUCAGGCUUUUUCCCUAUCAAUUAUGUGGAAAUUCUCGUUCCUUUGCCUCACUAAGUUGGCUGAGUCACCAUGUUUAAUCUCCCCCUCCUAAAAAAAAAAAGUCACAUGUUGAUACUACUGCUUUUUUAAAAUAAAGCAAUGAAUAAAUAAUAAUGGCUGCUUAUUCCACACCACAAAUGCAAGCUGCAGUGGUUUUUUAAAAAAGAGUCAUAGGGCCCCACAGGCAAUCUUGGGUUUCAUGUAGUCGUGCCGUGUAGUGGUGAUGCGUGGUUAUCUUCUCAAGGCAGUGCAUCCAGGCACACAAGAUUUUCAUGGUCGCACCCUUGGUUGCUGCAGAGAUGCUUACAGAGUAAUGGGUAGAGAAGGUGAUAGUAAGUUAUUUGACUUAGUCAUAAUGUUGGGAAGGGGAAAGCAGUUGGAUUAUCAGGGAGGAUAAAGCAUAUCACCACUCUACUGCCAUUUUAGUUCUCCUACAGAAAGAGGUGCAGGGGAGCGACCUUGGUCAUUCUAUCUUUCCCUUUCUAAAAGAUGUGGUUUACGCAGGUGUAAUAGUGCUAACCGCCUUCUCAUGUCAUUAUUUUCUGGGGGGGAAAAUGACAGAGUCCAGUCCUUGGAGAAACGGUAUAACGUAUAUUUCAGUUGCUCUGCAAAUGAGUCGCCACUAUUCUUUACAUGCUGUUGGCGUAGAACCAGCUUUUAUAUACUUGAUAGUUAAAUAAAGGCCUGUUCAGCAUCCAGGUUACAUUUUAGAAACACCCAAAGGCUGGGCCAGAGUAGCAUCACAAGCCAACUUGGUUACUCAGAAACUUUGAAUGUAAAAAAUAGUAAUAGCAAUGCCAGCAGCAAAUAGAUGAUGCUAGAAGAAAAAAUAAAGAAAAAAGGCAAUGCUUUUCACUUUGUCUAAAUGUAGGCACUAAAAAGCUUACAAAUUUUAAAAUACCAAGAACCCUUAUUCUACAUAUUCACUAAAGAUAAUAAUAAUGAAAAGCAACUCACAUUAUGUAUUUUUAUUUUCAUCUACCUUGUGUUCUUUGAACAUCAUUUGUGUAUAUUCUGCCCUCAAUGAGGACUAAAUAAAAAAGAACCUUUGUGCUAAGCAGUUAAAGCGACAUGUGGCUAUAUAUGCAAAAGCAUUUGAGUUAAAUGCAUUUUUUCUCUCUCCGGAGUCUCUUAGAUAUGUAUUUUUUUUCCUGGUCUACUUCCUGCAUUUUGUGUGUAUAGUUAUGUGUCUAGCUGAUUCACUGUUCCUUUUGGUAACUGCUGUAAGAGUUUGUUUUAAUUUGAGUUACCCAGAGUUCUAUUUAUCUAUCUAUAUACCUGUACAGACUCUUCCUGCACUGCUUCGGAUGUGCCACUUCAGUAUUGUGAAAUGAAGGCAGUCCUCUUGCUUUUAAUGUAUAAACUUAUAUCAUGGAGAGCAUU